AAACGAAACUAGGUUCGCCAGUUGUAAUGAGUGCCAUCGGUCUUGAUAAACACAACGACUCCGAGGCUCACUCAGUGCCCCGGUCGGCCAGUCCCCACUCCUCCUCCCAUGGCAGCCGUGCUCCCGCUCCUCCUCCCCCUCCUAGCCCUCGCGCUCCCCGCCGCCACUAACGCGCUCACCGCCGACGGACAGGCGCUGCUCUCCUUCAGGGCCGCCGUCCUGCAGGACCCCACGGGGGCCCUCGCCGACUGGAACGCGUCCGAUGCCGACCCCUGCUCCUGGAACGGCGUCGCUUGCGACGGCGCCGGCACCGGCACCCGCCGGGUCGUCGCGCUCUCUCUUCCCAGGAAGGGUCUCGUCGCCGCCCUACCGGCGUCCGCGCUCCCGGCCUCCCUCCGCCACCUCAACCUCCGGAGCAACCGCCUCUACGGCGCCCUGCCCCCCGCGCUCCUCGCCGGCGCCGCGGGGCUCCAGAGCCUCGUCCUCUACGGGAACGAGCUCUACGGGCCCGUCCCCGCGGAGCUCGGGGACCUCCCCUACCUCCAAAUCUUGGACCUCUCCUCCAACUCCCUCAACGGCUCUCUCCCCGGGUCGAUCCUGAAAUGCAGGCGCCUUCGCAGGUUGUCCCUCGGCCGGAACAACCUCACGGGCCCGAUCCCGCCGGGGUUAGGCCGGGAGCUCUCGGCGCUGGAGCAGCUCAAUCUGUCUCACAACCGCUUCUCCGGCGCCAUCCCGGAUGACAUCGGGAACCUGUCCAGGCUCGAGGGGACGGUGGACCUCUCGCACAAUGGCUUCUCCGGGCCGAUUCCGGCGAGCCUUGGGAAAUUGCCGGAGAAGGUCUACAUUGAUCUCUCGCAUAACAAUUUGUCAGGGCCAAUUCCGCAGAGCGGGGCGCUUGAGAACCGUGGCCCCACGGCGUUCAUGGGCAACCCAGGGCUGUGUGGGCCGCCGCUCCAGAACCCGUGCUCUCCGCCGUCGUCCAGCCCGUUUGUUCCAAAGGAUGGGGAGCCGGCGCCAGCCGGGAGUGGGAGGAGCAAGGGGUUGGGGAAGGCUGCCAUUGUGGCCAUUGUUCUCAGUGAUGUGGUAGGGAUCUUGAUCAUUGCCCUGGUCUUCUUCUACUGCUAUUGGAAGACAGUUACCCCCAAGGACAAGGGACAGGGUAAAGAGUCGAGGUCUAGUAAGGAUUGUGGCUGUUUCAGCAGGGACGAACCCCCGACUCCAUCAGAGCAGGCAGAGCAGUACGACCUCGUGGUGUUGGACCAGAAAGUGAGGUUUAAUCUUGAUGAGCUGCUCAAGGCAUCAGCAUUUGUGCUCGGGAAGAGUGGGAUCGGUAUUGUAUAUAAGGUAGUUCUUGAGGAUGGGCUCACCAUGGCUGUGAGGCGGCUUGGCGAGGGGGGAUUGCAAAGGUUUAAGGAGUUUCGGACUGAGGUUGAGGCUAUUGGCAAGGUCCAGCAUCCCAACAUUGUUACCUUGAGGGCCUACUACUGGUCGUUUGAUGAGAAGUUGCUGAUAUAUGAUUACAUCUCGAAUGGCAGCCUCUCUUCAGCAAUUCAUGGUAAAGCUGGAACAAUGACGUUCACACCAUUGACAUGGAAUGCACGUCUAAAGAUCAUGAAAGGAGUUGCAAAUGGGAUGUCUUUCUUGCAUGAAUUUAGUCCCAAGAAGUAUGUGCACGGGGACUUGAGGCCGAACAAUGUCCUUCUUGGAACGGACAUGGAACCAUACAUUUCAGAUUUCGGCCUCGGGCGACUAGCAAACAUUGCUGGUGGAGCACCUUCUUCGCAAUCAGAUAGGAUUGGCGUCGAAAAGGCUCAGAGUCUGCUGCCAGAUUCUUCAUUGAGCCCUCUUGUGAGCAAAGAAGGUUCAUGCUACCAAGCACCAGAAGCGCUGAAAACACUGAAACCAUCGCAGAAAUGGGAUGUCUAUUCCUAUGGUGUGAUCUUGCUCGAAAUGAUUACUGGUAGAUCGCCCGUCGCUCUCUUGGAAACUAUGCAGAUGGAUCUUGUCCAGUGGGUCCGGUUCUGUAUAGAAGAGAAGAAACCAUCCGCUGAUGUGCUCGAUCCUUUCCUCGCCAGGGACUCGGAACAGGAGGGUGAGAUGAUAGCUGUACUCAAAGUCGCUCUCGCUUGUGUUCAUGCUAAUCCUGAGCGAAGACCGCCAAUGAGAAAUGUGGCAGAAACCUUGGAGCGCCUGAGUGCUUCAGUUUCAAGCUAGAAAAACACUACCACGAAAGGGCAGCGAUAUAGUUGCAGUAAACAUGUGAUGGUUGCACAGCUCAAGCAUGGCAAAGAAGGUUAGGGGAACAGCAAGCGACUUAAUUAACCAUGUAAAAUUAUCAUUUUCUAUGUGGGCUCUUAACAAGUUAGGUACCUACCAUGUGUUAACUUUUCUUCUUCUUUGGGAGCAGAGCAUGUUGUUUCUUCUUCUUUGGGAGCAGAGCAUGUUGUUUCUUCUUCUUUGGGAGCAGAGCAUUUAGGUUAGUUUGCUAGUACUCUGUGAGAAGGAAUUCUGUGCACUGCUGCAGUUAGUUAACUCAGCGAUGAAGGUACCACGUGGUUGAUCAGUUGAAGACUUGCAAUGAAAUUCCUUUCCUGA